ACUCUCAUUUGGCAUCCAUCCAUCAAUCCAACCUUCAUCUUCCUCCCUACAAUUCUCUCCUUCUUCUCUUACUCUCUUGUUUCUUUUACUCUCUUUACAAUUCACUCACACUCAAUUGGUUCUCUAAAUAUUCAUAACUACUACUAAACUAAUUUUCAGAGGAACGAUGCAGAAGAUUAUAGUUUCCCUGGAUUUACACGACGACAGAUGCAAACAGAAAGCCAUGAAAUCAGUUUCUGGACUUUCAGGAGUUGAUUCAUUAUCGAUAGACAUGAAAGACAAGAAAUUAACAGUAAUUGGAGAUGUUGAUGUAACCCUAAUUGUGAGCAAACUAAGAAGACAUUGUCAUACAUCAAUAGUUUCAGUUGGGCCAGCUAAAGAAGCAGAGAAGAAGAAGGAAGAACCGAAGAAAGAGGCUACCAAUCAAAUAGUUGAUCUUGCUUAUGCUUAUAGACACUACAAUCCUCAUAUGACUACAUAUUACCAGAGUGUUGAAGAAAAUCCCUAA